UCUUUCUUCAUUUAGUUAAGGUCGGUAUUUACAGAGCUCCGCCAUGGCAAUGCUUCAGAGCUGCAUUGACAUUUGCAGCUCCUUCUUCAGAAGACGAGGGACUCUUAAGGAAUCGAACUCAAGCCAGCUUAAGCGAUGCCUUACUGCUGCCGACCUAACCUUCGUUGGCAUAGGAGCAAUGCUAGGCUCUGGGGUCUACAUCCUUCCCGGAGAAAUAGCCGGUGAGAUGGCGGGACCGGCGGCUGUUCUGUCCUUUCUCAUUGCCGGACUGGUAGCUUUGCUGAACGGCUUUUGCUUCCUAGAGUGUGCAGGACAGAUACCGCAGACGGGAGCAGCCUACGUCUACGCAUACGCGUCACUCGGAGAACUGGUCGCCUUCUUGGUCGGCUGGAAUGCCAUAGCAGCACGAGUCAUGUCCCUCGUGUAUGUAGCGCAAGGAUGGAGCGCCUAUUUCGACGACGUUAUCGGAGGCCACAUACGAAAUUUCACCAUUGAAUUUGUUCUCCAGGGCGAGGAAUGGGACGCACCUCUUCUUACCAACUUUCCAGAUUUCACAGCCGGUGUUGUGAUACUUCUCGGAAGUAUCCCUGUCGUGUGGGGUGUGGACAUCUUUGUCACUGGCAACACUAUCUUGGUGGUUCUGAACAUGGUCGUUGUUGCUUUGGUUUUCGUGGUUUCCAUGGUCUAUGCAGACUUGUCACUGCUUACAAAGCACGGGUUUUUCCCUUUUGGCUUCUCUGGUGUCAUGAAAGGUGCAGUGGCAGCAUCUGUAGGGUUCUGUGGAUUUGAGGCGAUCGCGCUCAGCUCUGAAGAAGCCCAUAACCCCAGCAGAGGCCUUCCCAUCGGCCUCAUCAAUGCCUUCGGGGUGUCAUUCUCAGCUUUCAUUGCUGCCACUCUGUCGCUCACCGUCUUAAGCGACUACAAAGAUAUCCAACCAAAAAGUUCGUUUGCGUCAGCUUUCGGAAUGAUCGGUGUUGACUGGUUGAGGUAUAUCGUAUCCCUCGGUGCCAUCAGCAGUAUGACGGGAGGAAUUUUGACUCACUCUUACUGUCUGUCUCGAUUCGUCUACCCGAUGUCACGUGAUGGGCUGCUCCCUGCCCUGCUUGCCAAAACCAACGAGCGAACCAAGACCCCUAUCUGGGCCACCAUGUUUGGAACAUCCCUGGCCGUCAUUUUCAGUGUAGUGAUGGACUUUGCGAGUGUGAUUAAUGUCAUAUCUCUCUUGUAUUUGACGGAGUUUGCAGUAGUUUGUUCUGCUGUAGUCAUUCUGCGCUACAGUCCCCGUGCACGGAGUGGCUAUGUAUCCAUGGACGGCAGAGAUGAGGAUACUGAAAACGGAACCAGCCGUGAUGAGAUGACCGAAAUGAACCCACACGACCAGAUGGUCACCGAAUCGAAUGCACUGAUCGACCCUCAAAGCAACGGAAGCGGCACCGUCACACACGGGAUACUUGACUGCCUGGCAAAUGCUCAAUUCAUCCCAAAGCCAAUUUCUUUCAUACUUCGGACGAUUAGACGCCACCCAAGGAGAACCGUGAUUUCUUCACUUGGUUUACAUGUGAUGUUCGGGAUCGUCUUGGUGGCGCUGUUGACCUACAAGAUGGAUGCAUUUAAGCAGCUUGAGGGCGCUGUUGUAUUCGGGAUCAUUGUGAGCGGCGGUGUUUCUGUCGUGGCAUGCUGUCCUCUGUUGUUUGUACCUCAGUAUGAUGCGGACAUAUCGUUUAAAAUUCCUUUGAUGCCAUGGUUACCGCUAGUUGCCUUACUGUGUGACAUCAUUCUUAUCUUUCAACUGGACGGCCUCGCCUUUGUCACAAUUCUGAUUUGGAUGUGUUUCGGACUGCUAAUAUAUUUGCUUUACGGAAUAAAACACAGCUUGGCAGCAACGAAGUGUGAAGACAGCAAUCUCAACGGCAAUUGAGCAGUGGCUUUACCGGACCAGCGGUAGAACGUUUGACUUCUUGGGGGAUCUGAAAGCAUCAUCACAACAUCACAUGACACAACUGAUUUCAUUCCCUACUCGUGGUAAUGCUACCCUGGACAAGAUUUUCACCAAUUUUCCUGUCCUGUUCAAGGAACCUGAGAGACUCCCACCUCUGGGAGCUAAUGAUCAUUGCUGUGUCCUCCUCUCGGCGGUCUGUGAACUCCCUCAACAAAAGAAGGGCGCAACAAGCUUUCGACCCUACGGAGAUUCUUCUGUGCGUUCGUUUGGGCAGUGGAUAGUCGACUACGACUGGAGCAGUGCACUCACUGACUCAUGUACUGAUUCAGUGGGAAACUUCUUGCCUACAGUUACAGAUGCCUACAAUUUCCAUUUUCCACUGGUUUGUCAUUGUUCUGGUUUGUUAUUUGGCUUGUCGCUGUAGUCAGUUUUUUCUAUUUGUGCUUUUGUUGGGUUAUUGUAAUGCUUGUUUGUUUGUUGCCUGCUUGUUUGUAUUUUAUCAAUUUCUCUUUUUCUUUUUAAACUACUUGUAUCUAUAGGGAUCGUAAAUGUAAACUUCGGUGUGUGUGAAUAAUUGAAUGCCUUGUAUAUCAUGUCUGUUUGUUUGGUUCUCUCUUUUUAAUCUAAUUGUAACUGAAAGGACUUUUAUGUAAUGUAAAAUGUGAUGUGUGCAAUGUUUAUACAUGUAAUGCAUGUCUGUUUGUUGUUGUUUAGUUGUUUGUUGGGUG